UGCAGUUACACAAAGAAAACUAAAGAAGACUACCAGUCGGGCAGGGAGACGUCGACAAGCUCAUAAUCUGUGUGGGUAAAAAACUCCACCUCUUGUUCCGAAGUCUCGAAGACAAAAGUCUUAUAGAGGAAAGGAAAACGUUGGAUUUAGAUUGGAAAUGAUUCACUUGAAAAACCUUACUGAACGUGUUGGGUGCCCUUUUGACCCUGUGCACGUGGUUGAAAGACGGAGAUUCCAACAACAUUUGGUCAAGUGUAUUAGAAAUCUUCCAAAAAACCAUGAUUUUGUUCAAUGCCAAUAUUGGCACCUGCACUAUGUUAGAAGGAGUGAAUUGAAUGAUCACCUAGAAUCUUGUGAGCACAAGUUAGCUAAAGAGGCUAAUAAGAAAACGUGGGAGGGGGACAAACAAACAAAGUUUUUUCAACCAAAACUGAAGUAUAAUGAAAUCCUACCAUCUACUGAGUUAUCAGAGAGCUGGGAUGAUGCAACAUUGACUGCUCCUAGCUUCUCGUCUGAAAUAAUGAGUGCUAAGGCCAACUACAUGACUGUUCCUCAAGGGUUAUCCAAAGCCAAGCGUAAAGACUUCCGAGAAAAAGAACGAGAACGCUUGCGGGAGAGGGAAGAAAAGGAAAGAGUAUUUGUGGCUAAAGGAGAGAAAAUCCAGCAAGUACAAAAGGAAACGAUUAUUCCAGUACCACCUCGAAAACCAACUGAGAAUCCAGUAAAACGCCUAAGUCGAAUUGCAGCAAACUUUCAGGUGCCAAAAGAGCAUGUUGAAGAAUCAAAAGGACUUUCUUCGCCCGCUAGAUCUUCACGUAACGGUAGUGCUGGAAGUACUCCUGCAAUCGGAAGAGGCAGAGGACUUUUGGGUUGGAGCCAUAUCUCUGAACCAGACCGAACAUUUCGCUUCUCCCCGGAAGAAUUUCCUAAUUUAUAAUUAGUAGUACCUACUUCAUAAUACGGUCACCUACUCCAAGUUUGAAAUAUCCUGUUGUUUCACUUUUCAAGUUCUUUUGUUAUGAAAACACAGACCUUUUUUGAGUAAAUAAAUUUCAUUUUGGGUUCAGGUA